AUGUCAAGUUCCAAGAAAAAACCGAUGCUGGUGACCUGCCCACAAUGUGAUGCGAUUUUCCUCACCAAAGAUUCCAACAGACAUCAAGAUUUUUGUGGAAAACCUAUAGCUGAAUCGGAAAUAUCAUGUGCUCAAAACGGCGUUCUUCGUGGAUUCAAUGUGGCCAUCGACAAAGCAGAAAGUUAUCUUCCUCCAGAUGCUAUUGGAUGGGAAAAGGAACACUCGGUAUUGAUGUGCCAACAGACAAUGGAAAGUCUCGGACUUCUAGCACGUCAGCCAGUUCGAAUUUUUAAUGCCGACGAAUUCUUUGUUGGAAUCGUCUGGCCGUGUAAAGAAGUUGCACUUCUCAAAAUAUCUGUCAUCUCUGUGAGAAUUCCACGGGAGAAAGUGGUCACUUUGAAGAGUUGUAGAAAAGUCGAAACUGUGAAUCGCCUUGGAGUGACUCUCCAAACUUCACUUACACCAACGCCAGCUCUGACCGGAUUUAUUGGAGCCUAUCUAAAUCAUUCUUACUUGCAAUUUGGACUUUGUGUAUCUUUGAAGUAUCUCGGACAACAAAUCAAAGUGACUCCAGAAGAGCCCAUUGAUAAGAAAAUGGAAAGAAUGGGAAUCGAAAAUCAGCAAUCUGAUACAGUAAUCUCCACAUCUGUCAAUUGUAAAGUUCAAAUUCUCAACUCGGAAUCUACUAGCUCCACUGAUCAACCCAAAAAUGUUGUCAUCGAUUUGUCAAACGUCGGUGGUUCAUUUGUGGCAAAACAAGUACUGGAAGAUUAUGUUAUUGGACCGAUCAGACGUAAGGAAUUACCAUGUUCAGUUCUGAUUUGGGGACUACCUGGAAGUGGAAAAACCCUUUUACUCAAGGAAUUGGAAGCUGUUCUGUCUGGACUUGUGACCUAUAUUGGAAGUUGCGAUGAACUUGUGGAAUCAAAUGGAUUAUUCAAUGGAAACGUCGUGAUUGUAGAUGUUAAUGAAGUAGAAAAAGAUAACUCGAAAGUUAAUCGUGCAUUGAGUGUAUUGCUGUCAGAAGAGAAGGUAAUGCCAAUGCUUAUUCGGAGUUUUUCAAAUUUUGAAGUAGAAAUCUGUGUCAUCUUAUCUGUUCGAUCAUCAGAAAAUCUUGACCUCGGUUUCCGUGUACGGUUCCCUGUCGAAGCCGAAAUUACAGUCCCAACACAAGGUGAACGUCUUCAAAUUUUGUCAAAAAUUUCUCCACAAUUCGGUUUUCCUUCCGAAAACUAUCUCGAUGUUGCUCGUCAUACCCAUGGUUUCACUGGUGGAGAUUUGUGCUCACUUCUAAAAGCAUCAAUGUUUGCGCGCGGUACGACACCACUCGAAAAAGUAAACGAUGCCAGAAAGAGAAUCCGACCGACUGGAAUCAGACAGUUCAUUCUAGAAGUUCCAAAUGUUUCGUGGAAUGAUAUUGGUGGAAAUGAAGAAUUGAAACUGGAGAUUCAGCAAGCGGUAAUUUGGCCUCAGAAACAUCCUGAAGCAUUUGAGAGAUUCGGAAUCGAUCCACCGGCUGGCAUCUUGCUUUACGGUCCACCAGGUUGCAGUAAAACUCUCAUCGCUCGUGCGUUGGCAAAUGAGGCAAAAAUGAAUUUUCUGGCUGUAAAAGGUCCUGAGCUAUUCAGUAAAUGGGUUGGAGAUUCUGAAAAAGCCAUUCGAGAUUUAUUCACAAGAGCGAGACAAGUUGCUCCAACGAUUGUAUUCUUCGACGAAAUUGAUGCUGUUGGAUCGUCGCGAGGAUCAGAAAAAAGUUCAGGAGUGUCGGAUCGAGUUUUGGCUCAAUUGCUCACUGAGUUGGAUGGAUUGGAGAAGUCAAGUCGAGUUGUUUUAUUGGCCGCUACUAAUCGACCAGAUCAGUUGGACAGUGCUCUCUUAAGACCUGGUCGUUUGGAUCGUGCGAUUUACGUCGGUUUGCCAUGCGAAGAAACCAGAAGAGCAAUUCUAAAAAUGCGAACCCGGAAAAUGGCUAUCGAUGACGUCACAGCUACAAUUCAGAAGCUAGUUGAGAAAACUUCAGGAUAUUCUGGAGCAGAGUUAGUGGCAGUUUGUCGAACUGCUGCGAUGUUCGCAAUGAGAGAAAAUAUCGAAGCCAACAUUGUCGAAUGGAAACAUUUUGAAGACGCUCUUACCGCGGUUGUUUCUAGAACGGAGGCCUACCUUCUGGAGAUUUACGACGACUUCAAAGCAGGUCGUACAUCUAAUGCAUGA